AUGGUCAGACUUUUUUCUAGCGACAAUCAAGAGUUUAGUGUAUCCAAAGAGAUUGCAUGCCAGUCUAUUCUGGUCAAGAACAUUCUCGAGGAUUUGGAUAAUGAUCAAAACGCAGUCAUUCCACUGCCAAACAUUACUGGUGUUGUUCUUGCCAAAGUUAUUCAAUACGUUGAGCAUCACAAGGACGAUCUUUUCAAAGACGAGCCUGUCAAGAACUUGUCCGAGGACAAAACCAAACCCUUUGAAAAACCAACCAUUGAUCUUGAUCCAUGGGACAAGGAGUUUACUACAGUGGAUCAGAGUUUACUGUUUGAUCUUAUUUUUGCUGCCAACUAUUUGAACAUAAAAAGCUUACUAAACCUUGGGUUCAAAGCUGUUGCUAAUGUAGUCAAGGAAAACACUGUCAGAGACAUUUGCCAGGCUUUCCCUAUUAGCUCCAACGAAGAAUGA